AUGGCGCCUCGUCCAAACGAAUGGACACAGAUGCAGCAGUUCCUGGAAGAUUUUCAGGAGAAUUUUCAAGAUAACAUGAGACGUACACUGGCGGAUGCGAUCCAGACAGGAGUCCAGGCUGGAGUUCAGGCCGCACUAGCAGCCAAUGCAGCAAACGCCGCUCCCGCAGCUCCACGCCAACGUCAAAACAACAACCCCAUCUUCGAAGAACAGGAAGACGACAACGACCUAGCCAAUCCAUUCGGAGAUAUCAAUCACCCUCGUCCCCAACCUCAACAGCGUCAGCACAGGAACGAUGAUGAUUCACGGUGGAAAACAGGGAUCAAAAUAGAUAUUCCUGAGUUUCAUGGUGGUUCUCAGCCAGAAGAGUUACUUGAUUGGUUUGUUGCAGUCGAAGAGUUCUUAGAAUUCAAGGAGGUUCCAGCAAACAAACAAGUUUCUUAUGCUUCCACUCGGUUUCGUGGUCAUGGUGCCUCGUGGUGGAAUCAGUUAAAGAUAUCACGAACACGUCGUGGUAAGGAAAAGGUUGUAGACUGGGACAAACUUAAGAAACACAUGCGCAAGACGUUUAUCCCUUACAACUUUGAGCGUCUCUUGUUUCAAAAGUUUCACAACAUUCGACAAGGUUCUCGUUCUGUUGAAGACUACGCUACAGAGUUUUAUCAGAUGAUCACUCGCGUGGACGUUCAAGACUCGGAAGAUCAACUGGUAGCUCGCUUUAUUGCAGGACUACGACCACAGUUACAAACUAUGUUACAUCAAUUCGACCCGGGUUCUGUAGCAGAAGCACGUCAACGAGCAUUACUAGUCGAGCAGCAGUCCAAGUUCACUUCGAAUACAUGGACAGGAAACUCGAGACAACGCAACAAUUCACCUACCGACGAUAGCAAAACAUCUACAGGACUUGACGCACCAACGGGAACUCAAGGGAACAAUAAACCUACCGAUCCCGGAACAGUAGCGGGUACCUCCCGUCCCUCCCGACCUAAUGCCUUGCGAUGCUUCUCGUGUGGCGAAAGAGGCCACAUUCAAACCGCUUGCCCGACUCAUGAACGUCGAGGAUUACUCGCUAAAGACAAAGAGAUCAUGGGCGAUCCUAUUUACGAUGAAGAAGAUGAUCAAGGUGAUGACAGUGAAGGCGAACUACUCACAGGUGACACAGGAACUUUUCUCAUGUUACGAAGGAAUUGCUUUGCUCCAAAAACAAGUGAAGCAUGGCAACGAACAGCCUUGUUCAGCUCUACUUGCACAGACAAAGGGAAGACCUGCCGUUUUGUUAUUGAUUCGGGUUGCUCAGCCAACGUAGUCUCCGAAGAAGCUGUACGAAAGCUUUCUCUCAAAACAGAGGUUCACCCACACCCUUACCGUCUUCUCUGGAUGCAGACAGGAGCUGAGUAUGAUCGUGAGGUUAUCCAUAAUGGCAAGACGAAUACACAUUCGUUUAUGUUUCAAGGACGUAAGAUAACAUUGUUACCUUCUCCAGACGCUGACCACACGAUUGCAGCAACCACUACACCAUCCCCGCCAAAGCAGAAUUUGUUGAUCAUCUCUAAAGCUCAGUUCGAGCAGGAGUUGCAGGACGAACAACCAUUGUUUGCUUUAGUGUCUAUCACCCCGACGCCAACUCAACCAGUGCCGUGCCCGCCUGAGUUUUCUCCACUUUUAAAAGAGUUUGAAGACAUCUUUCCAGACGAGUUGCCUGCCGGAUUGCCUCCACUACGGGAUAUCCAACACCACAUUGACUUGGUACCAAAUGCAGUGUUGCCCAACCGUGCGCACUACCGCAUGAGCCCGGAGGAACACGAGGAGCUUCGACGCCAAGUGGAGGAGUUGCUACUCAAAGGAGUUGCUACUCAAAGUCGAGCUAUCAAUAAGAUUACGACGCGAUACAGAUUCCCCAUCCCUCGGUUAGAUGAUCUUCUUGAUCAGAUCGGGAAAGCCUCCAUCUUCUCCAAGUUGGAUCUUAAGAGUGGGUAUCACCAGAUUCGUAUCCGUCCUGGGGAUGAAUGGAAGACCGCUUUCAAGACGCGAGAAGGUUUAUUCGAAUGGAUGACUCUACGCCCUUUUAUUGGACGUCUUGUAGUCGUUUAUUUUGAUGACAUCUUGAUCUUUUGCACCACCAUGGACGAGCAUCUCGGUCAUCUUCGCGACGUACUACUGGCUCUGCGACGGGAUAAGUUGUUCGUAGCAAAACAGAAGUGCGAGUUCGGAGCAUCUGAAAUUCUCUUCUUAGGCUAUGUCGUUUCCGCUAAAGGUCUUCGUGUCGAUCCCCACAAAGUUGAUGCAGUUGCUUCUUGGCCUACUCCAAAAGAAGCCACCCGUGCGUUUACUCUUAUCAAAGAGAAUCUCACGACGGCUCCUAUCUUGGUCUUACCAGAUUUUGACUCACCAUUUGAGCUUCAUUGUGAUGCUUCAAAGCUCGGCAUCGGCGCAGUCUUGAGUCAACACGGUCGUCCGGUUGCGUUCUAUAGCGAGAAGUUGGCUGGUGCUCGCAGUCGUUAUAGUACUUAUGACAUUGAGUUCUAUGCAAUCGUGCAGGCUAUUAAACAUUGGCGUCAUUACCUAGCGCACAAGGAGUUUAUUUUGUUCACUGAUCACGUGGCCUUGAAGUACUUAGUCACAGGGUUUGAGUGCUUUGCGGAGCUUUACCGGACGGAUUCCUUCUUCUCCAACAUCUUAUCGGACCUUGACCACGGCAUACGUACUGACUACUCAUUGGUCGAUGGCUUCAUCUUUAAAGACAAUCGUUUGUGUGUACCAGAUUGUAGCUGGCGGUUGCGGAUCAUUCAGGAACUACACGGGGAGGGUCCUGUUGGAAGGGAUCGAACACUUAAGCUCGUGACAGAUUCUUAUUUUUGGCCUACUCUUCGCAGAGACGUGGAACGCUUUGUCCUUCGGUGCACGACUUGUCAACUCAACAACGGCCACGCCUCUAAUGCAGGGCUUUAUCUUCCUUUGCCAAUUCCGACGCAACCUUGA